AUGCCACCUAACGUAGACCCAAUACCGAGUGGUGUGGUCUUCGAAACGGAUACCCAGACUUCGGACUUGGGUCUAGCAAAAGACGUUUCUAAACUAAAGAAAGCCACACCAAAAAAGCAUGAAUAUGUUUGGACCAAUAUCAUCUGGUUCCUAUUUCUACAUAUAAGCUCCGUGUAUGGAUUAUAUUUAGCGUUCACUUCAGCAAAAUGGCAGACAAAUGUUUUCGCAUUCGCAGUGCAUCUUAUGUGUGCAAUAGGCAUUGGGGCUGGAUCUCACCGUCUAUGGACACACAGAUCUUAUAAAGCCCGAACUCCGUUAAGAAUUCUCUUGAUGAUCUGGCAAACAAUGGGCUUCCAAGACUCCAUCUUUGAAUGGGCUCGUGAUCACCGCACACAUCACAAGUAUGCGGACACGGAUGCUGAUCCCCAUAAUGCGGAACGCGGGUUGUUCUUUUCUCACAUGGGUUGGCUUUGUUGCAAAAAAAGCCCUGAGGUCAUUGAAGGCGGAAAAAGGAUAAAUCUUACUGACCUUUAUGAAGAUCCUGUAGUCAUGUUCCAAAAGAGGCACUACUUGAAGAUGAUGCCAAUUCUUUGUUUCGUAUUGCCGACUGUUAUACCCGUGUACUUUUGGAACGAAAGCUGGCUUAACGCAUUCUUCAUACCUACCAUCCUGCGCUACACCAUUGGUAUCAAUGUCGUGUGGAGCGUCAAUAGUUUCGCCCAUAAAUAUGGAUAUAGACCUUAUGACAAGUCACUGAAUCCUCGAGAAAACAUUGGAGUUUGGAUGAUCUGUUUGGAAGGUUACCACAACUACCACCACACGUUCCCUUGGGACUACCGUGUCAAUGAGCACCCUAUCAUCAAUAUGUUAACGCCGACUAUUGUGUUCAUUGAAGCAAUGGCUAAGAUCGGCCAGGCCUACGAUUUGAAAGCCGUGUCUCCUGAAAUUAUAAAACAACGUACAUUACGCACCGGGGAUGGAACCCACCAUUUAUGGGGCUGGGAUGACCCAGAAUUCACUGAAAGGCUUAGACGGCAGUACGGAACUGUCCAUAGUAUCGUCGGAGAUGAAAUAAAACAAGGAAAACAUGAAUAA